AUGACGACGUCGGCUCGACAAGCGGCGCUCCGUAGAGGGAUGGAGGCCUUCACGAGUGCUGUGGCACAUCAGGAGUCGAUUCUGGAUGCCGUCGCUGCGGCAUGCAGGGCGCACCUGAGCACAGUCGGAGGUGCCGCAGCGGCCCCAACGCCCUGCUUUUUCUUUUCUGCUCUUCCCCAGAUUUCCAUGCGUCAAUGGGCCGGCUCGCACCUCUACAGCAACUGGCUCGUGCGCUGCGGGACUCCGCGAGCUGCACCACCAUCAACGGCGACAAGACCAAAGAAGAGCGGCCCUCAUGGGUCACCGAUGGUGACGUCGUCCUCCGUCCCGCGAGCCCUGCCAAAGGCGCUUGUGCUGCCACUGGAUGUAGAGGCGGAGCUGCGCAAGUACUGGAAGCUGCACGGCGAGGCCGCAGCGCGGGCACGACUGGAGGCGUUGCGUUGUAACGACGCCCAGGCGUUCGCUGAACACGUCAGCUUGCUGAAGGUGUCUGUGCUUCUCGAAAUCAUGGAGAAGACGGAGGGCUUUAUGCGCCGCAUUGGGCUACGACUUCAGUCCCAUGCUACCCAGGCCGCCGCAAACCGUGGUGGUGAUGGUGCGCAUGCCGUGUCCACGACACAGGCAGCACCUGCAGCCCUUGCUGAGUCAGGUAUCGCCGACCGCCGAGGGGGCGCAGCAGGCUGCCAUGGCAGCGAGUACGAGCGCUUCCGUUCCUACGUGGCAUCCACCAAGAAUGAGUUCAAGCUCAUGCACCGCGUCGAUGUGUUCGUGGCGGCCCAGCCGUCCGGCCUGGACGCGACGCUGCUUCCUCACCAGCUGGAUGGCCUGCGCUUUCUUGCGUCCCUUGACGCCAACCACAUCAACGGCAUCCUGGCGGACGAGAUGGGCGUGGGCAAAACGAUUCAGACGCUCGCUUUUCUCCUCUACCUGAAGAACAGGCGAGGCGAGACCGGCGAGGGCAGCGACGGCAGAGUGGCGCCGUCGCCAGUGGGCUCGCGGCUCCCGCAUUUGGUCCUUGCCCCGCUCUCUGUCGUUCGAGAGUGGCGGGAGGCAUGCGAGCAGUUUGUGCCGAGUGCGCUUCACGUUGCCAUGUACCAGGAGCUAUCCGACCCCGUCCGCGAGGCGGCGGCUUACGACCUUGUCCUUCUUCCGGUCCACGCUAUCCGCUACGUUGGCGCGGAGGCAGCGCGCAUUCGGUGGCACUAUAUCGUCGUGGACGAGGCGCACAAGGCAGUGGCAAACCUGAGCACCAUCACGGCGCAGCGCAUCUUGGGUCUCCCAUGCUUGCGCCGCCUGGUGCUGACUGGAACGCCGCUUAGCAGCGACCUGCAGGAGCUCUGGUCACUGCUGCACUUUCUGAAUCCGGAGGUGUUCACCGACAAUGACGCGUUUGAGGAGGUUUUUCGACGGCCGUUUCGCGUGUACGAGGCGCAUGAGAUGGAGCUGACGGAGGAGGAGCGCGGCCUGCUGAUACUGCGGCUGCAUCAGGUCUUGCGGCCGUUUCUGCUGCGCCGCACAAAGGCGGACAUCGACUCGACUCUUCGGAUGACGUUUCAUCACAUGUUGUGCCCGCUGAGUUCGAUGCAGCAGCGCUUGCUGUGCAUGCUGCGCGAACAGCGGCGAAUGCCUACGGUUCUCGGUAUGUCGGGAGGUCACAGCGGUCAAAGUAGCAGCAGUAGCGAGGCGGACAACGAGGAGGGGGAGGUCGCCGGCGCCACUGACGAGGCGGCGCACACGAGCACGUUUCCAGCGGCGGAGAUAGGGGUUGGCGAGUCCUCUGGCUGCACACAACACAUCGCUGCAGCAGCCUCCGCGGCCGAAACUCUGCACGGCGAAGCUUCUCCAGGCCUCGACACUCUCAAGGCGCGCGAUGGGACAGCCACGGCCCGUGAUUGGCUCGUCGAGCUCGUCGGGCGGCAUCUGCCCGCCCUGGCGAGCACGGAGUCCAGCGACGCCUUGCGCUGCGCGGUGCAGCAGGACAGAGCCCUCGGGCUCACCAGCGCCGGCGUUUCAGAAUCGUCCGCGCGGCUUCUGUGCAACCACGCCUUUUUGCUGCCUUUCUUUUCACAGGUCCUUCAUCGUCACGGCCUCGAUGAGGUAACACAGGAGGCGUGCAACAACGUGGACGCGGCUGCUGCAGCAACCACGGAAAGCAGCGCUGUCGGUGCCGAGGCCGCGGAAUGUUGUGGCGCUGCCGGUCUCACCCUUGCGUGCAGCGGUAAAUUCCUUGUCCUGCAUCUGCUACUCUCGCGCCUGUACGUGGCACAGCGCAAGGUGGUGCUCUUCACGCACUGGCUCAAUUGUGUGGACCUGCUCGUCGACUAUCUGCACAGCCGCGGCUGGGCCAACCACGCAGUAGUGCUCACAGGCGGCAGCAGCGAGGCCGAGCGUCUGACGAGUGUGCGGCGCUUCCGCGAGGACCCGGCGUGUCUCUUCUUCCUUCUCUCCAUCAAGGCUGGCGGAUGCGGGAUCAACCUGCAAGCUGCGCACAUGGUGGUCCUCGUGGACCGCGACUACACGGCGACCAACGAGGAUCAAGCACUGGCACGCGUGUACCGCAUUGGCCAGCGGUACACCGUGCGGGCCGUGUACCUCGCCACCACCGACGCCAGCGAGCAGCGUGUGGCGCAGCGGGCGGCGGCGAAGAACAAACCGCGGCAGGCCAUCAUCAACGAUGGUGUCUAUCAAGUGACGACGGCGCGCGAAGCAGAGCGAGUUGGCGAGACAGACGAGGCGGUGACAGCGGCGACAUUCGCAGAUCCUGCUGGGAAUGCUCUGAAUGAACUUGACACCUCCGAGCUGUGGCGGUCCGUCCCUGGUGCCACCACGCCACCACCGCUCACUGCUGCGACGCAGGAGGCGGGAAGGCCCGAGUGGGAUGGCACGGCCCACGGCGCUGCCGGACCCGCGCCGUUUUCCCUGCCGCCGCCGCCGGAGCCGUUCUGGGUGGCUCUGUCUCGCCUUGUUGACUCGAUGGAUGAACUGGUGCUCACCGAGGAGGAUCGAGCGGCAGCAACGGUGCGCAGUGCCGCAGAGGAGGGGUGUGGCAUGGACUGUACUCCCGCUAACAGCGCCGCUGCGCGCCUCCUUGCAACUCGACCGCCACGGAGCACUGCAGAGCUGCAGCUGCGACUGCAAGGGGGAGGAGACGAGAUGUUCUCGGGUCUUCAGCGCGACCGCGAUGUGGCCCCGUCGCUGAGCAGCACUGCGGCGGGCGGCGCGUACUUGGGGGCGCGGAUGCAUGGCGCGGAUGCCCCGACCGCCGGGGAACGCACGAGACCUCACACGCUUAGCGAACCUCAGGCAGCCGCCCUCGCCGCGACACCUCAGCCAACGCCUCCGUCCGCCCCUGUUACAGAUCCUCUGCGAAACAGUGCCUUGUUUUGGUUGGAGUACAGCCAUCUUCUUCGCAUUGCUGGGCGCGGCCCUUAUCUCCUCUCCGACUCCCUCCGUGCCGCCGUCACUAACGACGCCAGGGAGAGCGACCCAGAGGAGCGCGUGCGGCGUCGGGAGCGGCGCGAUCGUCGCGUUGCCAAGCGUCUGCGGCUCGCAAGCGUCGACGUACCUGACGGCUUCCGCGAGGCUUGCUGGGCGAAGGAGGGCAUCGACGACGACGCCGAGGUAGCGGAGCGCUACUUGCGCUUCCUCGAUGCAAACGCGAGCAAGAGGCGGCAGCGAAAGCGAAAAGAUGCGGGCUGA